CUGGCUGCUUCUGGUUUCCAGGCAUAAAUACAAAGCGGAGCCGGGUCUGAGAGCAGCGGCACAAAGGAAAGCGGGGCAUUCUGAGGUUUUUAAAAAACUGAAGACCGAGAGUCAGAAUUAACCGAAGAGGAGCUUGGACGGCAUGCAAAGUUGUGAAAUUUCCUCAGACAGCACUGAUGAUCCUCUUAGUAGUGGCCUACGCAUUCAUCGGCAGCCUCGAAUAGUAGUGAUUGGUGCCGGCUUGGCUGGCCUUGCUGCAACUAAGUACCUGCUGAAAAACGGCUUCACGGAUGUCACCAUCCUAGAAGCGUCCGACCACAUCGGCGGGAGAGUUCAGAGUGUUCAACACGGAAAAACAACUUUGGAGCUCGGAGCCACGUGGAUCCAUGGUGCUAAUGGGAACCCCGUGUAUCACUUGGCUGAGGAAAAUGGCCUCCUGGAGCACACCACAGAUGGCGAGAGGAGUGUGGGACGCAUCAGUCUGUACACCAAGAACGGUGUGGCUCACUACCAGACCAAUGUGGGCAAAAGGAUCCCCAAGGACCUGGUGGAGGAGUUCAGUGACCUGUACAAUGAGGUGUAUGAGCUGACUCAGGAAUUCUUCCAGAGUGGGAAGCCAGUUUGUGCUGAGAGCCAGAACAGUGUUGGAGUUUUUACCCGAGAUGUGGUGCGCAAGAAGAUCAUGUUGGAUCCGUAUGAUUCCGAGAACAUCAAGAAGCUCAAACUGUCAAUGCUUCAACAGUACCUCAAGGUGGAGAGUUGUGAGAGCAGCUCUCCCAGCAUGGAUGAGGUGUCUCUAAGCGAAUUUGGUGAGUGGACAGAGAUCCCUGGUGCACAUUAUGUCAUUCCUGAAGGUUUUAUGAAGAUUGUGGAGCUCCUGGCCAAGGACAUCCCAUCCCACACCAUUUCCCUCGGCAAACCAGUCCGCUGCAUCCACUGGAACUACUCGGCCCAGCAUCGGGAAGUCAUUGCCAAAAGCAGCGGUCCCAACCAGAACAACCACAAUGACAACAGUCAUGGAAGCCAGACCCACGAGGACCCUCUCAUCCUGGGUCACCCCAUCUACGUGGAGUGCGAGGAUGAGGAGUGGAUUGCAGCGGAUCACGUGAUCGUGACGACCUCUUUAGGUGUUCUGAAGCAGAAUCAUGAGGCCAUGUUCUUACCAUCUCUUCCUAAGGACAAGGUGCUCGCCGUCGAGAAGCUGGGCAUCAGCACCACUGACAAGAUUUUUUUAGAGUUUGAGGAGCCCUUCUGGAGCCCAGAGUGCAACAGCAUCCAGUUUGUGUGGGAGGACGAGGCCCAGCUUGAACAGCUGGCCUACCCCGAGGAGCUGUGGUAUAAGAAGAUCUGUAGCUUCGACGUCCUCUACCCACCCGAGCGCUACGGCCACAUGCUGAGCGGCUGGAUCUGCGGGCAGGAGGCGCUGUACAUGGAGCGCUGUGAUGACGAAACCGUAGCUGAGACCUGCACUGAGCUGCUGAGGCGCUUUACAGGGAACCCUGACAUUCCAAAGCCCCGCCGUGUCCUGCGCUCGUCUUGGGGCAGUAACCCUUACAUCCGAGGCUCCUACUCCUUCACCAGGGUCGGAUCCAGCGGGGCGGACUGUGAAAAGCUGGCCAUGCCUCUGCCUUACGACAACAGCACCAAGGCUCCACCCCUGCAGGUCCUGUUCGCUGGAGAGGCCACCCACAGAAAAUACUAUUCCACUACACAUGGUGCUUUGCUGUCAGGGCAGAGAGAGGCCACUCGUCUGAUAGAGAUGUACCAGGACUUGCAUGGAGCGGAAACCACAUAGCCUAACAUUGAACAUAAGACAAACCUUUGACUAGUGAAGAGAAAUAAAUAAAUGAAUAAAUGUUGAGUUCAAGUUUUUUUAUCCUCAUGAUUAAGUUAUACUGAAAAGCAUAGCUCGGGCAUUAUUACACCGAGAACAAAUGAGCAUAAUUUCUAUUGUACUGUAGGUUUGAAUCAUGCUAAAUUUUUCUUUGAGAUGUACUGUUCAGAAGUUGCCAAUGGUGCUGUCAUUUCCUGUCUUUGCCAUUCUGUUUUUUUAAAAGAAAAUCAGUAAUGUAAUGUUUAUAACAAUCUUUGAUUUACUUUGUUUUUGUAAGUGCCUUCUGUAAUACUAUGUAAUAAAGAAUAAUGGAAAUACUAAACAAAAAUUGAGAAAAUUUAAACAAAAUAAAAAGUUCUAUGAUCCA